UUCACAACUAGAAAAAAAUCUACCAAAAAAAGUUCAACGGCAAGGAUCUAAGAAAGUGCAUCCAAAAAAUGCUAACGAAGAAGAAAAAGAAAGAUGCGAAAAAGAGAAAAAUGCGGAAAAAAAGAAAAAGAAGGAUGUAGAAAAGAAAAAAAAGAAGGAUGCAGAAAAGAAGAAAAAAAAUAAAGCAAAAAAGAAGAAAAAG